CGGGUACUGGGCUUUGAGGCGGACUGUGUAUCCAAAUUUAUGCGGGUCCCCGGGGCUGCAUUAAUUCUACGUGAUACCCGGACUGAUUUAGUAAUAUGUGUACUGUCGCUUUAAAUACCCCUGCCUGGUGCGCUCUCCAUUGAUCAAUCCACCAUUUUCCAACACUAAACAGCAGCAGCAGAGACCGUAGCGACGGAGAGAUACCCCUACCUGGAGACACCAGGACCCGGGGCAGACAUGGCUGCGAAUAUGUACCGGGUCGGAGAUUACGUCUACUUUGAAAAUUCAUCGAGUAACCCCCUUUUGAUAAGAAGGAUAGAGGAACUUAACAAGACCGCAAACGGCAAUGUCGAAGCCAAGGUGGUGUGCUUCUACAGAAGGCGGGACAUCUCCAGCACCCUCAUCGCACUGGCCGACAAACAUGCAAGGGAGAUGGAGGAGGAGAUGGAGAACUCAGAAAUGGUGGACCUUCCUGAGAAACAGAAACACCAGCUGAGACACAGGGAACUCUUCCUCUCACGGCAGCUUGAGUCCCUGCCGGCCACACACAUCAGAGGAAAAUGUUGCGUCACGCUGUUGAAUGAAACCGAAGCACUGACAUCUUACCUGGAUCGCGAGGACGCCUUUUUCUACUCUCUAGUGUAUGAUCCCCAGCAAAAGACCCUUCUGGCAGACAAGGGAGAAAUCAGAGUGGGGAACAAGUAUCAAGCCGAUAUUACUGACCUUUUAAAAGAAGGUGAAGAUGACGGAAGGGAUCAGUCAAAACUGGAGACCAAGGUGUGGGAUCCCAACAGUCCUCUGACGGAGAAGCAGAUCGAUCAGUUCUUGGUGGUGGCACGCUCCGUGGGCACGUUUGCUCGAGCCCUGGACUGCAGCAGCUCUAUCCGGCAGCCCAGUUUGCACAUGAGCGCCGCCGCUGCCUCCAGAGACAUCACCCUGUUCCAUGCCAUGGACACGUUGCACAAGAACGGGUAUGACAUCUCCAAAGCCAUCUCGGCGCUGGUGCCCCAGGGCGGCCCGGUGCUGUGCCGAGACGAGAUGGAGGAGUGGUCAGCGUCGGAGGCCAACCUCUUUGAGGAGGCGCUGGAGAAGUAUGGCAAGGACUUCACCGACAUCCAGCAGGACUUUCUGCCGUGGAAGUCCUUAACCAGCAUCAUUGAGUAUUACUACAUGUGGAAGACUACAGACAGAUACGUACAGCAGAAACGAUUAAAAGCAGCUGAGGCAGAAAGCAAACUGAAACAGGUCUACAUCCCAAACUAUAACAAACCGAAUCCAAACCAGCUGAGUGUGAAUAACAUCAAGCCGGGGCUGGUGAACGGGGCUGGAACCACAGCUGGACCACAGGGGCAGAGCGCUGGACUGGGCCGAGCCUGCGAGAGCUGUUACACCACCAGCUCUUACCAGUGGUACUCCUGGGGACCUCCCAACAUGCAGUGCCGCCUCUGCGCCACCUGCUGGACAUAUUGGAAGAAAUAUGGAGGACUGAAGAUGCCAACGCGAUUGGAUGGCGAGAGGCCAGGACCUAACCGCAAUAACAUGAGCCCCCACGGAUUACCUGUGAGACACAGCGGGAGCCCCAAAUUUGCCGUGAAAACACGGCAGGCCUUCUACCUGCAGACUACCAAACUCACCAGAGUCGCCCGGCGGCUGUGCCGCGAUAUCCUGCGGCCGAAGUACUUGGCCAGGCACCCAUAUACACCAGUGAACAGCGCUGCCGUCAAAGCCGAGUGCUCACUCCGAUUGCCAGAGGGAUCCAAGAGCCCCUUGACUUUAAAACAAGCAAUCCGAAAACCUUUGGAGACAGUAGUCAGGUAUUUAGAGGCCCACCCCUGUCCCAAGCCAGACCCCCCCAGGAGCGCCACCAUCUCCAUGGGGAGUCUGACGCCCAUCAAAUCCACGCCCAUCCUCAACAACGGCUCGCCCACCAUCCUGGGCAAGAGGAGCUACGAGCAGCACAACGGGCUGGACGGUAUACCUAACCAUGGACAAACCAGACAGAUGGGGCCAAGCCCAAAGCUGCGCCUCAAUGGGAAAUCCUACCCAAGCGCACGGCUGAUUCGGGGCGGCUCCCGGCCCCCCAUCAAGAGGAGGACCAUGAGCUGGAUUGACGUCCCCGAUGACCUCCUCUUCAUGGCCAACAAGGAGACAAGGAAAAUCCGAAAGCUCAUUGCAACUUCAGAGACCAAGCGAGCUGCGAGGCGACCCUACGCUCCAAUCGUCAUCGAGCCGAGCCAGACUGGCCAAUCACUGAGACCGCCUGUCAAUGAAGAACCAAUAGUCAUUGAAGACUGAACCUUGUUCUGGCCAAUCACACACACUGAACCUGACUGUGUUUAUUAUUACUGUUAUUAUUGUUUUUUAUUUUCCAACCUUAACCCUGACAGAUCAGUAAUUGUGGAUCAACGAAGAAACACUUUGAGUUUCGUGAAAUGCUUGUAUUCCCAAAGAUGAGGGAAGGGACAUUUACUUUGUAAUAUAAGCCACGUGAGUAUUUUUUAACACGUUAAAAAUGAUAAAAAAAGACAGUUAACUGCAGUGACAUACUGUAACUCCCUUUGUUUCUUUUUGCUUUUUUAAGCUGAUAGUUUCUGUUUUGUGAACAGGCUUUGCUGUACCCUUCUGGAACAGCCAGUUUAACUUAUUGAGAAAAAUAUCCAAUGUGCCGUCUUUUGUACCUUUUUCUUAACUGACAUCUGCGCUUGAAUGAUGUAAUUAAGAAUAAAUCAGUUCUUUCUCUUU